AUGGCUAUUCCCAACGUUUCCAGGUCCCCCUACACCCACUACCACAAGUACGCCAGUGGUCGCAUCGAGUAUUUCAAGCCGCCGACGCCGGACAACCUGGCCAGUCCGGAAUGGCGCAAGUGCGUGCGCGACAACCAGGCCAAGUCGUGGAACACGGAGAUAGUCUUGACCACGCCGUCGCGGGUCGUCAUCGACAUGUACAAGAUUAUUCAGGAGGGGCAGUUUCGCUUGCGGCGGGAGACGCUGGACGCAGUCUCUUCGCACUUUCUCGGCGGUGAGACCAAGGAAAACGUAAAGUACAAGGACAUGCUUCGGCUCUUUCACGGCGGACCCGACGAUAGGAAAAAAAUUGCGAGUUACUGCGUCCAGGACUGCAUGCUGCCCCUCAAACUGAUGACCAAGCUCACGACGCUCGCCUCGACGCUCCAGUUUGCCAAGGUCAACAUGAUACCGAUGCGCUACGUGCACGGAAAGGGGCAGCAGAUCAGGGCCUUUUCUCUGAUUUUGCACGAGGCGAAGGCGCGCAACAUGAUCUUUCCCCCCUUUGUGCCGCCCGUCGGUAUGGACAGUUUCCAGGGGGCCACCGUCGUGGAGCCGUACAGGGGCUUUUACCAGAGCCCGGUGCUGACCUUGGACUUUGCGUCUCUUUACCCCUCGAUAAUCAUUGCGUACAAUCUCUGCUUCACGACGCUCAAGACCAACGUCGGAGAAAACGUCGGCGAGAUGGUCUAUCACCGGAACGCGAGGCUGGUGUGUGACAAAGUGUCGGACGAAGAGCCUCGGAGGCAGGCCACGACAGGGGCGGUUUUCUCUCGUGGCAUCAAGCCUGAGCUCAAGAAGAAGCAUAAUGUCAAGCGAUUGCAGAGGGGGCAGACCACUUUGGAUAAGUUUGUAUCCAAAUCUCGCAAGACGUCCGUACCCGCCGCUAUCGCGCGAGCAUCCGCCUCGCACAAAGAGGAGGUGGAGUUUGCCAACGGCGAGAUCCUAACCCCGUCCGGCGAUCGCUUCGUCGACCCGAGCGUGAGACUGGGCGUCAUCCCGAAGGUGAUUGUUCGACUCCUAAACGCUAGACGCGAGGUCCGCGCGGAGAUGAAGAAGGAGACUGACCCUUUCGUCAAGAUGCUGCUCAACAACCAGCAACUGGCCAUAAAGUGCACCGCCAACCCGAUGUACGGCUUCACCGGUGCGCUCGAGAAGGGAGUGCUAUCUUGCGUGCAAGUGUCGCGCAGCGUCACGGCCUUUGGCAGGAGACUCAUCAGGAGGACCAAGGCGUACGUCGGCGAGUAUCAGGAGCGCGUCGACGACGGCGAGUUUGCCGAGGAGUACGUCGAGGUCCCUCCGCCGCGCAACCUUUCCGUAAUAUACGGCGACACCGAUUCCGUGAUGAUCAAGACGCCAGACGGAACCAGCAUCGAGACUGCUCUCGUGUGGGGCGAGAAAAUUUGCGAGUGGAUCAACGGACAUCACCGGCGUCCGAUAGAGUUGGAGUUUGAAAAGAUUUAUUGCCCAUACAUUCUAUUUACGAAAAAGCGCUACGCCGGUAGGAUGUUUGUCGACGCCAACACUCCUCCCAAGGUCGACUGUAAGGGCCUGGAGAACGUGCGGAGAGAUACCUGUCCCUACGUGUCGGAAGUCGUCUCCGAGACCAUUUCGAUCCUGGUGGAGAAGAACGACGUGAAGGGUGCCGUGGCAUACGCGAGCAAAGCCCUGUGCGACCUGAAAAACCAGAAGGUGACCAUAGACAAGUUGUUGAUGACCAGAGCCUUGAGUAAAAAGGAAUACAAAUCUACGAUGCCUCACGUCGAGGUGGCCAGGAAGAUGGCGAGUCGCAAUCCAGGUUCGGAACCGCGGGGAGGAGAGCGCGUUCAGUUUGUGAUGAAGGCGUUCAAACCCUACGAGGUGGAGAGGCUACGGGGGACAGAUUACCUUACCGGCAAGCUGGUAAAGGCGGCGUAUCGCGCCGAAGACCCGGCCCAUCUCUUAAACUCGGUCGACGAGGACAUUGACUACGAGGACUACGUCAAGAUGCUGAAGCCGCCGCUACUCCGGAUAUUUAGCGUCGUCCUCGCGUGCCACGAAGCGGAGGCAGCGCGGAUCGUCUUUGGCGCAAGCGACGGCAUUCGUAAUCGUCCUGCGCUCGAAACGAGUGCGCCGUUGGCCAGGUUUGUAGUCCGCCAGCCUCGCUGUACGAAAUGCAGAAAGAGAAAGAGCUCGUCUUCCGUUGACCAAGGAUGCGACUGCGGCGCUAAUGACGGCGACUGCGACGAGUCCGUCCACGACGGGAUCGGUGCACAUGCCGAGAAGGUCUUGAACUUUUUAGAUAUAUGUAAGCGGUGCACGGGCAAAAAGUCGGCGGGGGAAAUCUCGUGCACGAACCAGGACUGUAAAUAUUUUUUCUUGCGGAAAGAGUGCGCGCGAUUAUUCGAUCGGCGCUACGGCAAAGUGUCUCACGCGGAGUGCAACGAGUGUCGCGGAAAACCGUGUUCGGUGGCCCUCUGCAUGCGGGAGCUGCGGGACAUGUUGGACUGGUGA